CCUGUCAUGAGCUAACAUGUACGGAAGUAGAUUAGAAUUUAUCAACAAGAAAGGCCGACAGACAUGAUGAAGUCUUCCUGAACAAGCCUCCAAAAAUGGUGCUUCUCUGACAUCUUUUUUUUUUUUUAAAACCUUUUUCAAGUCUUCAGUUUUAAUAUAGUUUCCAACAUUUUAGUGGAGAAGCAUUAUCACAAUGACCGCCGCUUACAACCUCUGUGCCCUCCUAGUUUUCACCGUAACAGCAUGCAGCCAUUUUAAGCCUGUCUUCUGCUCUGCCCACUGUGGGCAUUCCCUCCAAGUCCUAGACAGUGAUGUGGGAGAGAUCACGAGUUCUGCUUACCACAGCUGGUCCUACCGCUUCGGCUCUACCUAUGACUGCUGGAUCAUCAAGGGUUCGGAGGGAGAACCUAUUGUUCUCAGCUUUUCACAGUUUUCAGUACGGUGUAGGAAGGAAUGGGUGUCUAUAAAAUCGUCAUCUGACAGCGAGCCGCUUGUCCUUUGUGGCUCCAAGUUGCCGCAACCAAUGGAGUUCCCAGGAGGAAAUAUUACAGUGAUGCACCACUUCCUUCCCCAUCUGUUCCCUGUGUCAUCUUUUCUGUUGAACUACGCCAGAGACUCUGGUAAAUGCCCAGAAACAUCCUUUGAGUGUCUGGGGGGUCGCUGCCUUCUCUCUCUUGGCGCUGUAAUGGCCAGGUGGAGUGUCUUGGGGAAGGUGCUGGUCCCGGCACCGAUGAACAGGGCUGUGAUGCAGAAAUGGAGACCACAGAACCCCCAAAGUACAGCAGCACACAGGCAGGGAGGCGCCAAAGCAGAGAC